UCAAGUUGGAAUCACACAGCCAAUUCGAGACAGAGUGACUGAUUUAGAGUCAGAAUCCAGUAAAACAUCAUGGAGCUCUGGUUGCCUUCUCUUCCCCUGUCACUCUCCUUCCUCCUCCUGCUGCUGCUGGUCCUGAGGAGAUGGUUGAGGAGCAAAUCCAGCAAGAACACGGGGCCGGAGUUCCCCGGCCCAUGGCAUCUGCCCUUGAUCGGCAGCCUGCACCAUCUCGUCGGCGCGCUGCCUCACCACGCGCUCCGUGACCUCGCCCGCAGGCACGGGCCGGUGAUGCGCCUCCGCGUGGGGCAGGUGGACCAGAUCGUGCUCACCUCCCGCGAGGGCGCGCAGCAGAUCCUCAAGGCACAGGACGCCAACUUCGCCUUCCGCCCCGAGCUCACCGCCGCCAAGAUCAUCGCCUACGGCUGCCGCGACGUCGCCUUCUCCAACGGCGAGUACUGGCGCCAGCUCCGCAAGCUCUGCGUCAUGGAGCUGCUCGGCGCCAAGCGCGUCAAGUCCUUCGCGUCACUGAGGGCGGAGCAAGUGUCCCUCCUCAUGAGGGACGUCGGCUACGCCGCCACCGCCGGCAAGGAGAUCAACCUCGGGGCGAGGCUCAACGAGCUGACCAACUCCAUCGUCGUCCAGGCCUCCUUCGGCCGGAGAUGCCCGCAGCAGAAGAAGUUCAUGGACACCAUCAAAGAGGUGAUCAAAAUGUCCAGCGGAUUCAGCGUCGGAGAUCUCUUCCCCUCGCUGAAAAUCAUGGACGUCCUCACCGGGUUCAGCACCAAGCUGAUCCACUACCACAAAAAGCUGGACGCGAUCCUCGAAGAAACAAUCCAGGAGCAUUUGCAGGGCCGGAGAGACGACGAGGAGGACCUUAUCGACAUCUUGCUCAGGCUCAAAGAUCAAGGCGACCUAGAAGUGCCCAUCUCGUACGAAAGCAUCAAGGCUCUCGUCAUCGAUCUAUUUGCCGGAGGGACUGAAACCACAGCCAACACCAUCGAAUGGGCCAUGUCAGAGCUCAUCUUGCACCCUCAAGCAAUGAACAGAGCGCAGACGGAGGUUCGAGAAGCCAUGAAAGGGAAAGGCUACGUGGAAGAGAGUGAUGUUCCACAGUUCGCCUACAUUCAUUCCGUCGUCAAAGAAACUCUCCGAUUGCACCCUCCCUUCCCCCUUUUAUUUCCAAGAGUUGGCCAAGAGACCACUCAGGUUCUCGGCUACACAAUUCCAGCCGGAACAAGAGUCCUCAUCAACGUCUGGGCACUCGCAAGGGAUCCAAAAUAUUGGCACCACGGCGAGAGCUUCAAGCCGGAGAGGUUUCAGGAGGGCGACGACAAGGAGUUCAAAGGCAAUGACUUCGAAUUCCUCCCUUUCGGCGCUGGAAGAAGGAUGUGCGCCGGCAUGUCCUUUGGCUUGUCCACUUUAGAGUUGGCCUUGGCUCAGCUCCUGUUUCACUUUGAUUGGGCACUGCCUAAGGGGAUGGCAGCAGGAGAUGUGGAUAUGACUGAAACUUUUGGAGCCAGUGCCUCGAGAAAGAUUAAUUUGCACCUGGUUCCUUCUCCUCGUUUCCCUUUAAGUAGCUAAGAUCAGUUGAUGUUCCUUAUCUUUGUUAUAGAUCCUUUAUGUACUUUAAGGUUGGUCGUGUGGUCUUUGUUAUCCUUUAUGUACUUUAAGAUUGGUCAUGUGUGUGGAGAAUAAUAAAGUUGCUAGAUAAUAGCUAUUGUAACACAAAUGCAUUUUAUGGAUUGGAUAUAUAUGAUUUGAAUAAUUUCCUAGAAUA